UAAUGUUUGAGAGUUUUAGGGGGAAAUGAGGGGGUGGUCAAAUGGUGGAAAUUACUGAUGUUUGAUCGGGUUAACAGUAUGGUGAAUAGAAAACCAUUUUGCAAUUUUGAUAAAGUUUUCUUUGGAAGAAAUUUUAAUUGUUGUUUUAUUGUUUUAGAAGGCUUGGUAAUUUGGAUAAAGGCAUCUUGAGGACGGGAUAUGAAAAUCGUAGGUUGUUUGAUAUUUUCUUUCACUUGUGAGAGACAUUAAAAGUUUUUACUAUAUAUAAAUUUUAUAAAUAAACUUUAGAAUUGCAAACAUAUCAGCUGAUAUUAAGAACCAAUGCUUGAUGCAAAGAGCCCUCUUUUUAUGUCUAUCUUCUUUUAAUUAUGAUUUCUUAGUGGUUCAUUCGAAGAUGUGUUAUUUCAGAAAUUUAAUCACUCAUUAAUGUUUGAAAAUUGCACAAAGUUUCUUAUUAAAAGAAUACCAAAGUGGUAGGAUAACAUAAAAAUUUCAUAAAGUCUUAUCACGUUCAUUAGCAUUUGAGAUAGAGCCUAACUCAUUAUUUCACAGUUAGAUCUGAAUUAUUAGCAUCAAAAUCUUUCUCGAUACAGAGAUUCCUUUUUCAAAUUUAGCAUAAAAAUUCUAUUCCCAUACCUCUUCAUCAAUUCGUGCUCAAAGCUUGACUUAGGGUUCUCUUUACCUCAAUUAAACAAGUUAGAGGGCCUAUCCAACAGGAAAGAGUAAUUGGAACUCAUGCUCUAAACUUUAAAUAAAUUGGGCUUCCGACGAUACUAUUGUAGGAGGACUCAUCUUAGCCUGCCUUUGUUCAUAGCAAAAGCUAAUAGGUACCAAGCAAAGUAAGUUGGGCUCAAGCUCUGAUUGCAUCUUCAUUAUAAUUGGCAAGAUUUUGGGGUUUAAUGAGGUAACACAAAAAAGUGGUCCAGUUAUAGUAAAAUUUCCAGCACUUUUUUAUAUAAAGAAAGAGCAUUUGAUCAUUUGAUCAUUUGCACUCUCCUUUAGUUUUAUUCAUAAGAAUACUAUUGCUUCUUCCUUUGCAUUGGCAUGAGGCAGCAUGAUAAAAUUAUUAGCUAGCCUAAUUAGAUGUAUACCUUCUUAAGUUCUAGGUGAGCAUUUUAGUAAGCUCAGACACUCCGAAGAAUUUUUUGCCGCUGAUUAAUAAUACCUAUGAGUAGGAAAAUAACUAUUUUUGAAUUUUAAUAUUUCCUAGGAGAACUUUAGAGCAAGUUCAUCUGGCUAGUACUAAAAUCCUCUUUUUUUUUAGGUCAUUUGAAUAAAAUCUGAGAAUAACUUGAAUAAUAAGACUCUCUAAUCACAGCUGUAACUGAUUGGAACAAAUUUUAUUCACAGCAAUCAGCUGCUAAUAUUAUAAACAACACUGUUAAAAUAACUAAUAGUCUUUCUGAACACUUUCAGAAAAAGUCAGCAUCGACAUAUCCCUAAUUUCAAAUAUAAUGGAAUAAUUCGAAAGAAGAUGAAUAAUAGGAAUAGCCUCUCUCUCCCUCUAUACUCCCUCUCGGCCUUCACAAAAGGCUCUAGGUAUAAAACCCUAACUAAUUCCUUUAUGUUUAGCAAUUUCUAACGGUAAUACUCUAAAAUAAUAAUCCCUGUUAAUUAUUAAAGUCAUAUUCCCAGUAUUUUAUGCGCUCCAAAUCGUGGAACUUUCAGUGCAACAGUGACUGAUCCCAAAGCCAGAAUUUGCCAAUAAAUAGCUGACUUAGAUAUAAUAGGAACCCAUUUAGUUUACUUAAAAGGAAGGCAUUGUGAAAAGUUCUGAAAAUCCAAGAGAAAGAGAGUAUUUUUGAUUGUAAUUUAGGGUAAAUUAUUUGUCCUCAUAACAUUUUUAGAAAGAAAACUAACUUAUUUUUGAAAUAAGCAGCUGCUUUAAAGCCUCCACUGUUGGAUCAUCACUGUUUUCAAUCAGGUGCUGUCAUAGCACUCUCAAGCUCUUUGACUGGAUUGCUUUCAUCAAUCUUUUCUGGGAAAAUGCCCGACAACACUGCUGGAAGGCAUCCACUUCUUGUUUGAUGGCUCUGCUGCAAGGCAAGUUUGAGGCUUUGCGAAGAUCGAUGAUGCCCAUUGUGAAGUAGAUAAGGUCAUCUGUGGCUUCUUCUUGAGGCAUCAACUCAACGAGCAGAGUUUUUACUCUUUGAUAGAUUUCUUGGUCUGAGCAGUUGAUGUAUCUCUUCUUGACGACUUCAACGUUGGUGGACUUGAAGACGUUUUUGAAACACCUUCUAAGCAUUCUAAGUGGAGCCUUUUGGCGUCAAUCUUUUCUGGAUGAUUGGGAGAAUUGCAACUUCUGAGCAUCUGGAGCAAAAAGAGUCGAAUGAGGUGGAGUCUUUAACAUGAGAGGCUUAUAUUGAGUUGGACCUUGAUUUGUUUUGUUGCCUAGAUAUCACUCUCAAUCUUAUCCAGGCAAAUCUUUCCCAAUGUUCAAUGAGCAAGAAAUAUAAAACUAGCAUAAAGAAAUGGAACACGCUUAUCUUCUAUUGUAUUUUCAUCAAGAGUUUUGAUCGAAGUGCUUUUGCUGCAAUCUUGCUUGUUAAGAAAGAUUAUCAAAGAUUGCUGCUUCUCCUAAUUUGUGAUAGGAUAAAAAGUUUAAAGCUAUUAUUUUUGUCGGCAAAUUGACGAUAAACAGGGUUUACUGAAAUCAUUGCUUUCAUCCCUAGCCACGAUUAACUUUUCAAAAGCAAAUUAUUUCUCUAAUCUUAGUUUGAACCUAACAUAUCUUUGCAAAACACAUAAAACUCUAAGUAACUUACCCAUAUUAUUGUUUCUUAGAAUCAUCUUUUUCUGCUUUCUGGUCUUCGAGUAAGAGGAGCUUUGAUGAAAGUUUGUUCCAGACUUUGAAAGAGAAUCAAGAAUUGGGGCUCUUGGUGAGACCUCUUCUUUUAUUUCAUUUUUCUCCAGACCAAAAUCUUCAGUACUUCGCUUCAAAAUGUUUGAAUUAAAAGGGUCAGAAUCUGAACUCUAAAGAUUCCAGUAAUUAUAUUUGGAAAAUAAUGAGAAGCAUGACCAAACCUUAACUAACCAUAACAGAUGGGAAAUUUUGAGUGUCUGAUUUCAGCUAAGACUUACUUGUGAGUAAAAAAUGUCUAAACAAUUUGCAAAGACGUUUCCUGGAUACAAAUAGUUGGGAUCGUUGAUGUCACAGAUAUAUUCGCUCGUAGUACUUUUAUUCAUAAUGUAUUAUUCUUGAUUAUAC